CAUCUCGCCAUCUGAAGCACCUUCGAUCCAAACCCUCGAAUCAGCAGCAGCAGCCGCGUCCAUGGCACCCAAGGCGGAGAAGAAGCCGGUGGCGACCGAGAAGUCCCCGGCGGCGAAGAAGCCGGCUGCCGGCAAGACGGCGUCCAAGGAGGGCGGCGAGAAGAAGGGCAAGAAGAAGUCCAAGAAAAGCGUUGAGACGUACAAGAUCUACAUCUUCAAGGUUCUGAAGCAGGUGCACCCCGACAUCGGCAUCUCCUCCAAGGCCAUGUCCAUCAUGAACUCCUUCAUCAACGACAUCUUUGAGAAGCUCGCCGGCGAGUCCGCCAAGCUCGCGCGAUACAACAAGAAGCCCACCAUCACCUCCCGGGAGAUCCAGACCUCCGUUCGCCUUGUCCUCCCCGGCGAGCUAGCCAAGCAUGCUGUGUCCGAGGGCACCAAGGCUGUCACCAAGUUCACCUCAGCCUAGGCGUCUUCCUUUGCUCAUGGAUGCAUUGUAUUAUGUAUGUAGUUAGCUGUAAGACUGUGUUCUGAAUUUGUAAUCUGUUGCUGCUUGUUGGUCUGAAGAAAUAUUCAUAUUCUUACCGCUUGAAGAAA